AACAAACACAAAAUUUCCACCAAACACUUUUGUGAGCCGGAGCUCCUGAUCUGAACACGAACACCACCCCUUUGAUACGCUUCUAUAUUUCUUCACUUCUUCCACUGAAAUUCCAAUCCGAUCUCGGAGAAAUGCGGCCGUCAAGGCCCGAUUCGAACUGAAAUGCAGUCCAACUCGCUGCCUUUCCCUCUGAUUCCACUUACGUUGUUCAAUGGUGCUGAAUUGAGCGAAGGCGGGUUUGAGCUUUCCAGGUAUUUGUUCUUGGGCUCCCUGCUCUUCUCAUCCCCAGGCGGUACUGCUGGCGGCAUGGACUUGUCUAAGGUUGGAGAGAAGAUCUUCAGUUCCGUUCGCUCCGCCCGAUCUCUUGGCCUUCUUCCCGCUUCUCCUUCCGAUCGCCCUGAGGUUCCAGCACGAGCUGCAGCGGCAGCUGCUGUUGCACGUGUUCUUGCUGCACUACCUCCUCAUCAAAGGCAUAGUCUUUCAUCAAGCUCUGAAGAAUUAAGCUCAAUAUAUGGGAGCAGACCUUCCAAAGUGUUGAAUGACCUUGAGGAAGAAUUUUAUGAAGAGGAUUUUGAUCCUGUAAGGCAUGUUUUGGAGCAUAUUCCAACUGAUGAGAAUGAACUGGCAUAUUUUGAAGAAAAGGCUGCUUCUAGAUUAGCACAGUUGGAUAGAAUUGCUGAACGCCUUUCGCGCCAUGUUAUGCAGCAUCAUGAAGUCAUGGUGAAAGGAAUGAAUCUUGUCAGGGAACUGGAAAGAGACUUGAAGGUUGCGAAUGUUAUUUGCAUGAAUGGGCGGAGACAUCUUACAUCAUCAAGGAAUGAAAUAUCAAGGGAUCUUAUUGUGCACAGAAAUUCUAAAAAGAAACAAGCGCUUUUGGACAUGCUCCCCAUCUUAACAGAGCUCCGCCAUGCACUGGACAUGCAAGCAGCUCUUGAAACUCUUGUAGAGGAAGGAAACUUCUCUAAGGCAUUCCAAGUACUCUCCGAGUAUUUGCAAAUUCUGGAUAGUUUAUCACAACUUUCAGCAGUACAAGAAAUGAGCCAUGGUGUUGAGGUGUGGUUGGGAAAGACUCUUCAAAAGUUGGAUGCACUUUUAUUAGGAGUAUGCCAGGAUUUCCAAGAGGAGAGCUAUAUAACUGUGGUUGAUGCGUAUGCACUAAUCGGGGAUGUUUCUGGUCUUGCUGAAAAGAUACAAAGUUUCUUUAUGCAGGAGGUUCUCUCUGAUACACACAGUGUUCUGAAGACUCUUGUGCAAACGGACUUUGAAAAUACCAAUGUUCAAGGUGCAAGGCUCACAUACAGUGAUCUGUGCAUUCAGAUGCCUGAAUCCAAAUUUAGGCAGUGUUUGUUGGCAACCCUAGCUGUACUAUUUAAGUUGAUGUGUUCAUAUCAUGCAAUCUUGAGCUUCCAGCCAGUGGAUAAGAUUUUAUGUGAAGUAUUUUGUGAUAUCUAUGUCUCUGCCUGCCAAACCCUUGCUAUGGAUGAGAAGCAGGGUGAGGUUUUUGCACUUGCAGGGGACAUUGAACAUGUUGGUACAAUUGCACAAACUCCAGUUGUAUCCUCCACUGGAGAGAUGCCAGCAACCUGUGUAUCUUUGACAGAUAAUAUUGCAGCUUUUCAUCCUUCAAAUAUAGAUAAUGGUGAAGAGGUAAGGGAUGGUGGAGAGACAGCAUCAAGCAGCGGAUCACCCUGGUUUCAGCUGCGUAAGGAUGCUGCAACUUUUGUUUCACAAACCUUACAUAGAGGCCGGAGGAAUCUCUGGCAACUUACAACAAGUCGUGUAGCAGUGUUACUUUCGUCUCCUGUUGUGUGUUCUACAAGUAUUCAUCAGUUCCUAACAAUGUAUGAAGAUCUGAAUACUUUCAUCUUGGCUGGGGAAGCUUUCUGUGCGAGUGAAGCAGUUGAAUUCAGGCAGAAAGUGAAAUUUGUUUGUGAAAGUUAUUUUGUUUCUUUCCAUCGGCAGAACAUAUAUGCACUGAAAUUGGUGCUGGAAAAGGAGAAUUGGCUGAUAUUGCCACCAGAAGUAACACAAAUAGUAAGUUUUGCUGGUCUCGUUGGUGAUGGAGCGGCAUUGAUUGCUUCAACUAGUAACUCUCUCGAUACUCGAUUGGGGCAUGCCCAUAAGUCAAAAUAUCUUGCCCAAACCAAUAAGAGGAGUGGAUUUUCAAAUUGGCUGAAGAACGAGAACCCCUUUUUGGUGAAAUUGAAUUCUAAUACAAAUGAGCACACUGAUUCUUAUUUUCCCGGAUCGCCUAGAGAAGUUGGAAGCUCUAAUGGGAGUUCUUUCAAAAAGGAUUCUACUCAAGAAGACCAUGCUGAAAAUAAUACGAAUGGGAGUGCUUCUCUAUCAGAAGAUGAAAACGAAGAUCUUCAUGCUGAUUUUAUUGAUGAAGAUAGUCAACUUCCAAGCCGGAUUUCAAAGCCUAGUCAUUCAAGACAUCGUUCUGCACUUUCGAAUGAUGAAGAAAUGACAGCACAAACAGGAUCGUCUCUUACUCUCCUAAGGUUAAUGGAUAAAUAUGCAAGGCUAAUGCAGAAGCUGGAGUUUGUAAAUGUUGAGUUGUUCAAGGGAAUUAGCCAAUUGUUUGGGAUCUUUUUUCACUUUGUAUUUGAGAGCUUUGUCAAUCAGAGUGCUCUCCCUGGUGGAAAGGUCUUGACAGACAUGCUUCCUCACAAGCUAAAGACUGCAUUAUCAAGAAUAACACAGGAUUGUGACCAAUGGAUGAAACCACAGUCUUCACCAUUUAAUUCAUCUUCACCCACAUCUUCAAAUACACCAUUCGCUCAUAUGGAUGUCACACCUACAAGUCCGCCAAGUCUCUUAGCUGGUGCAUCUUUCAGUCUCAAGGAAAGAUGUGCAGGUGCUGACACUAUAUCUCUUGUUGCUCGAUUGUUGCAUAGAUCUAAAUCUCAUCUUCAGUCAAUGCUUCCGAAAAAAAAUUCAGCAACUGUUGAAGAUGUUUAUGUGCAUUUGGUGGAUGCUGUACCAGACCUUGUAGAACAUAUUCACAGAACAACUGCAAGGUUAUUUCUCCACAUAAAUGGGUAUGUUGAUAGGAUUGCUAAUGCUAAAUGGGAGUUGAAAGAUCUUGGAUUGGAGCACAAUGGAUAUGUAGACUUGCUGCUGGGAGAAUUUAAACACUACAAAACGAGGCUUGUUACUGGAGGAAUUCAAAAGGAGGUCCAAGACCUCCUCUUAGAAUAUGGACUAGAUAAUGUUGCUGAAAUUCUUGUUGAAGGCUUAUCUAGGGUGAAGAGGUGCACCGAUGAGGGGAGAGCUCUCAUGUCACUAGAUCUUCAGGUAUUGAUCAAUGGCCUAAAGCAUUUUGUUCCCAUAGAUGUGAGGCCGAAGUUACAGAUAGUCGAGACUUUCAUCAAGGCCUACUACCUUCCAGAAACCGAGUUUGUGCAUUGGUCACGCGGUCAUCCAGAAUACAGUAAAAGCCAAGUAGUUGGUCUAGUCAACCUCGUUGCCACGAUGAAAGGUUGGAAAAGAAAAACCAGGCUCGAAGUGUUGGAGAAAAUCGAAUAAAGCUGUUUCAUACCUUCAAUAAUCAAGCUCGAGGUCUUGUGAAUCCUCAGUUUUGCAUCAUUUUUAUUUUUUCCAUGUAUAAUUGAUGUAAAUUAUUCUUGAGAUUUUUAUAGAAUGGUGAUAUCAAGUCUGCAUGUGUUCACUUGUAUUAUAAUGCCCUCCCUAGAAAUGGACUUUCAACUGUAAGUCUAAUCUUUAACCGUAAAAAUACAAACUGAAUUAUUGAGCAUAAAGUAAAACUCCGUAUUUUUACCACUUAA